AUGUAUGUUCUUUUAGCAUUACUCCUUAAUUGUCCUCCCCCUCUCCCCCUCUCCCCCUCCCCCUCUCCCCCUCUCCCCCUCUCCCCCUCUCUCCCUCUCUCCCUCCCACCCGAACCCCCCCUCCACUCUCUCACCCACCCCAUCUCUCCCGUCUCUCUCCCCCCCACCCAACCUCUCAAGCCUCCGUCUCCCCGACCCCACAUCUCCGUCUCCCUCUCCCACACCCCACCUCUCCCCUCACUUCCCCCGCGCACUCCCCCACAUCCCUCAGAGCAAGCCCCUGGAUGCGCUGAAGCAGGCGUUGGGGGGCAAGCCCUGGAUGCGCUGAAGCAGGCGUUGGGGGGAGCGUUCCCAGCAGCGGCAACGUGGGCCGCGGACGCGAUGUGUGGGACGCUGGCGGGCGUGCUCUGUGACUUCAGCGGCCAGCUCAUCCAGGGCCUGGUGUUGGACUCGCAGAACCUCACAGGGUCCAUCCCAAUGGCCAUCACAGGGCUCGGCGCCCUGCAACUGCUAUCCCUCAGAGACAACCAGCUUUCUGGUACCAUUCCAAUAUACAUCACCUCCCUCUCAACUCUCACGUCACUGGAUUUGGGGAGCAACGAGUUCACGGGAUCCAUACCUGCUGGGCUGUCCGUUCUCUCCAGGCUUCAGGAGCUGCGUCUGGGGAGCAACAAGUUAGACGGGGGCAUACCACCAGAUUUAAGCAAACUCUCUUCCUUGACCGGCCUGGAUUUGAGUGGCAACCAGCUUGAUGGGUCCAUACCUUCGGGAUUCUCCACUCUGACCGUGCUUCAAGAGCUGCUGCUGCAGAACAACCAGCUGAGCGGCAGCUGGCCUGCAGAGAUGAGCGGGCUGGGCUUAUUAUUUGUGGC